AUGGGAUUUGCAAGUGGUCUAAGAGCUUUCCCCAAUUUUUUCUGGGAAGUCGUUGUAGAUGAUUUUGGUUGAGGCGUAUUUUCUGGCUUCUCCAAUUGUCAUGGAACCAACCCAAUCAGAGGAGGCAGUCCAUUAAUCUUGGCUUUGGUUAUGUGGUCUAUUUGCUCUUGUGUCAUCACAAGGUCAGAAUCUCUAAGUCUAAAAGCUGGACUUGCAAAUGCAGCUAAGACGAAGCCUAAGAAAAUGAUGCUUUUCAUAUUAUUGUUUCCCCAUAACUUAUCUUCUUAA